AUGUCAGGAGGUGCGAGUGAUAUGUGUCCUUUCAUGAUGGGCUCCGAGCGUCUGGUGGACCCCCAAGAUGAUGCAGCUCUUUGGGUUACUGUAGAAUUUCCCGAAGCAAUGGAGCUUACACAUAGUGACGAAGAGGUGAUGGAGUUUGUUGUUCAGCAGGUUGAAAGCCACAAGGUCAAGAUUUCCACUCACGCACAACAUUAUCAGAGAUCCUUGUGUCUCUCGCUACCAGUCGUUGGAGUCUCCAGUUAUGAGGAACACAAUGAUGCAGUCAUGGCUCAGGCUAAGACUUUGGCGCUCUGGUGGCUUGCAGAAAUCCAAGCACACAGGGUUCAGCUGGACCGGAAUUUGAUUUUCCCUUAG